AAUGGCAUGUGAGAAGAAACAAACCGAAAUGAAAUAGUUCAAAGUUUUUGCUCUCCCAUUCUUGGUUCCCUUUCGUUUUCUCCAUGUCUCAAACUCAAAGCGUACCAUGCAUUUAUUACUAGUACUACUUAGCUCGUUUCUUGUUUGUGUGUUUAUUUUCUCAUGACACUGUCCAUUGCAGCAGCAGCUGCAGCCUGUAGUGUUAGUGGCUCCCCAAUAUAUGUACCUCUCUCUUUACCCCCCUCUGCACACCUUGUCCCUUAUUCCGUACAUCCUUAGAAUAAUUUGACCACACCACCAUUUUGUUCCAUUACUACUCUUCAUUCUUUCUCUUAAAAGUGGAAAGAGACCAAUAAACUACUAAUAACGAACCCUUCUAUUCCCUCUUAUUACAUACCUCGCGAUGCUUCCUUUUGGGGGCAGAUUCUACGGGUUCGAGAGCUGGCUAGACCAUCCUCACCAACACCACUCAUCACCCUCUGAUGGGUUUUUUGUUCCCGAAGCACCUUUCAAGGCAACGGAUCUAUUAUUCGACGGAGCAGGCAGAUCAUCCAAACUGGAUAAUAAUAGGAAAUCAACGGAAGCCUGCAAGAGCCACAGGGAAGCCGAGAGGAGGCGCAGGCAGCGAAUCAACGCUCAUCUUUCCACCCUUCGCUCCCUCCUCCCUAACACCGCCAAGGCAGAUAAGGCGUCGUUGCUGGCGGAAGUGGUAAAGCACGUGAAGCGGCUAAAGAAAGAGGCCGAUGACGUGGCACGAGACCCGUCCAAACCUGACGCCGAAGCAGAAACGUGGCCGUUUCCGGGUGAAGCCGACGAGGCAACACUCAGCUACUGCGACGGAGAACCGAACCUGGUGAAGGCGACGCUGUGCUGCGAGGACCGGCCCGGUCUGAACCGGGACCUGACGCAUGCGAUUCGGUCAGUUCGAGCGAAAGCGGUUCGGGCCGAGAUGAUGACGGUUGGGGGCCGGACCAAGAGUGUGGUGGUAAUUCAAUGGCCAGCAGCGUCUGGUGGUGGUGAUUCGAAAGAAGGGGUGGAGGUUGGAGCUCUGGAACGGGCGUUGAAGGCGGUUAUUGAGAAUCGGGCUUUAGUGGGCUCUGGGAUGGGCCGCUUCGUGUUGGGUCAGAAGCGGGCUUGGAAUAGUUAUGAUUCCCCUGAUGAGUUUUUGCUAACCAGAGAUGCUAGCAAGUAACCAUUUUUGUCUGCAUUGAAACAGCCAACACAGGUUCCUAUAACCAAAACCCCAAUCUAAUUGAAAUUCCAAGAAGGGAAUGCCGUCUCCUAGCUAGGAUUCUAUCUGUUUAUAAGAUUUGAAUUCCAGAUUACUGGUUAAGAAAUUUAGUUACUUACUCCACUAAAGUACUAAAAUUGACCAAAAUCCAUAAAUCUUACUAAAGAUUUAAAACUAGAUUGUAACUAUAAAUGACACUCUUCGUAACGCUAUUGGUAAAUAAUCCCACAUGUAAUGUUAGUGUUUUCAAUGAUAUUUUGGAUAAACCAAAAUAUAUAUAUGUUACUGUUUAGCUCCAUCCCUUCCUCUCCGUAAAUUGAAUAAAAGGGAAUGCAAGUUCUGACAAGGUAAGAAUGAACUAUGCUACAUCUAAAGGGAACAUCAUUGUUUAUGGGGCUUCAAGUUUGAGGAGGAAGAAUGAGGUAAAAGUUGAUGAAUGUAACUAUGGGCUCAAUGUAGUGUUGUUGGAGUUUGACACUGACAAAUCCUUGAAGAUGGUUUUUCCCCUGUCCUUUAAUUUAUAAGGUUGAUUUUGUUAAUGGGUUUGGAGUUUUCUUGGCUCCUAUUGAUUAUAUUUAUAUGUUUGAAGACAAAGGAUUGCCAAUGUUUCCUCUAGGUUGAUGAUAUUGAAAGUGGAUGGGUAGAUUAGACAAAAGUUCUAAUUAUUGGAGCAAAAAAAGAUGAAACAAAUGCUAUUGUUCAAGUGAAUUUGAUCAGAUGAAGCCAAGAUAAAGAUUGUGAUGAAGAUAGUGAAGCUUAAAAGGGAAAUUUGAUCUAUAAGGGUGUGACUUGUUACCCUUUUGUUUUGGUUUUCGUUGUAUUUCCCCAUGAACAUGUGCUAAGGAUGUAGUAUUGUUGUAUAUGUCUAUGUUUCUGAUGAUUAUGUUUA